ACGAGAGAGCAUUCGCGUUCGUACAACUCACCAAGCGUCUCCUUCCCUGAGCAUGCUGUUUUUGCCAACCUUCGGGAGUGACGCCAAACGCGCGCGAAGGUUCGGUCCGUGGAAAAGUGCAUCUCCCACACACUGCCGCCCGUCGUGGUCGGUUCGGCUAGCAGCUGGCUGACUCAGUUAACCCAGGAACAGGUUGACCGACCGACCGACCGACCACCACCAUCAUCAUAGAAGAGGAACCUCCUAGCUGCUAGGAGUUAAGAGGACCACCAGAAGCUGCCUGCCAGUCAGUUGCUUUCGGGACAACCAACCAACCAGUCAGUCGGUGGUCGAUCAAAGUAGCCAACGUGUGGAGACGCUCGGUCGUCGAUAGUCGUUCGUUCAGUUGUCUGCUUUGGGAAGUUUUCCGCCGCGUUCAAUCUUGUUCCGAUCAGGGAAAAAGAAACAAUCAACAACCAACCGUGUUUGUGCGAAAUUUCCACCGCGUGAAAAGUGCCUUAAUCCCAAAUUGUGUUCCAGCCAGUCAGCCAGCCAGCCAGCGGCAAUCAGCAGAAGAAUAAAUUUUGGAUACAAUAACAAACGCAUUCGCACCGCGUUUUUUUUAUUCCGCUGCCUACUCCAUACCGCGUUCCGAUCUUCCGUUGUCGUUGGUAAACUCAAAACAAAGUGAAACUAGGUGCCUACUAGAAGAAGAGGUGUUUUAAACUUGAAAACCGAAGAAUAAUCAUCGUCGUCGUCGUGAGUGUUGGUGACGAGUAGUGAGAGUGCAUCCUUUCGCAGUGAUAUUUUUUUUGCUGGUCGUUCUCUUGUUUCCAUCCGGUGUGUCUGUCUGUUGGUGAUCUGCUGGCGUGGCGUUUGCUCGGCGGCUGUGUUUUGUUUAGUUUCAAGCGAGGAGGCGGCAAAGAGGUUUAAGCGACCCUGAAAGAGCACUAGUAACCGGCUACCUCGGCAGUUUCCUCUCGAACAGCCUCAAGACCAACCAGCUGGAGGUCAACACCGACUCGAAGACGCUCCGGCCCAUUGCUCGCCUCAAGGAACCGCGGGAACUUUUCGCACUGCCGAAGGAACGGGACUAUGACUGCCCCCAGCAGGCCCCCAGAUGGCCCAUCGAGUGCCAGGUUCUGGAGGAGCGGGUUUACCACAUCAACUACGCACCGGAGACACCCGAGGCGUACUACCAGCCGACGGGGAAGGAGCUACAGCCGCGGCCCGUUGGCGAGGAGAAUGGCGUAAUCGUGUACAACUACAAUCCGACCAGUGCUGUUCAUUAUACCACGAUGACCGUGACCGUGACCAUGAAUGGGAUGCGAGUAACAACGCUUUUCCAUCCGGACAGGAUCGCUGCUACUACAGCAGUCCGGUGCUGGAACUAGAUGACGACUCCCGGUGGCACUAUUUCGGUUUAAGUGUCGAGCAACUUCUAGGCAAAUGCGACUCGUCUGAAGGUGAAGAUCUAGACGGGGCUCUGCGGUACGGACCAAGUGAGUUCAACUCGAGUCUGACAUAUGAGCAGAUGAACGAGGAAUCGGAGAUCUUCACUCGGGAACAGCUGAGGAAGAUGACGUUGGAACAACCGACUAAGCUUCAGACUCAGACAUCGAACUCCAGUGGGAAAGAUGAGGGAGAAGAUGAUGAAGAGGAAGAUGAUGUUGAACAUGGCGGCAAAAGUUCGUUGAACUCGAAAGGUGGACUAUCCAACCCAAGUAACGGUUGUCCGACCGCAAACUUCUACGCCAGCGAUCCGGAAACCGAUAACGACUCGGAGGGCGAGCAGAGCAAGCACGAAAUCAAAUCGGCACCAACACUGAUGCACCUCAACUCCACCACAGCCACACAACAGCAAAUGCACAGUAACAGCCAUCCUAGACUAGACAACACCGAUGAUACCACUACACACAACUCGUCCAGCGAUGAAGGUUCAUCACCGACUACUACUGCUUCCGUUCCACAGUUUAGCCGCUCGACCGUUGGAGGUUCCAAGGCGCAACCGACGGCCCACCCGAAUGCGUUCGAUCCGGACGACCUGGUGUUCGAGUCCCGGUUCGAGAGCGGGAACCUGGGUCGGGCCAUCAAGAUCACCCCGACGUACUACGAGCUGUACCUCCGGCCGGACAUGUACACCAACCGGCACACGCAGUGGUUCUACUUCCGGGUCAAGAACACCAAAGCCAAGAUGGUCUAUCGGUUUUCGAUCAUCAACCUCACCAAGCCGGACAGUUUGUACAAGGAGGGCAUGCGACCGCUGAUGUACUCCACGAUGGACGCCGAGUUCAACCACGUCGGUUGGCAACGGUGUGGCGAGAACAUUGCCUACUUCCGGAACGAUAGCGAAAAUGGAUACAACCACAGCAACUACCACCACAGACCGGUGGACGACGAUGACGACGAGUUCGUGGGGAAUGCCUCGUUUACGUUGUCGUUUAACAUCGAGUUCCGGUACGAUGACGAUACGGUGUACUUUGCGCACAGCUAUCCGUAUACGUAUUCGGACCUGCAGGACUACCUGAUGAGCAUUCAGCGCAAUCCGGUCAAGUCGAAGUUCUGCAAGCUGCGGUUGCUGUGCCGUUCGCUGGCGGGGAACAACGUGUACUACCUGACGGUGACGGCACCAUCGACGCACGAGGAUGACAAUCAGAAGAAGAAGAAAGCGGUAAUCAUCUCCGCACGUGUUCAUCCAGGCGAGAGUCCUUCGUCGUGGAUGAUGAAGGGCCUCAUGGACUUUAUCACCGGUGAUUCAUAUGUGGCGAAAAAGCUUCGCCACAAGUUUAUCUUUAAGCUAGUGCCUAUGCUCAAUCCGGACGGCGUCAUCGUGGGCAACACCCGCAGCUCGCUGACCGGACGGGAUCUCAAUCGACAGUACCGGACCGUGAUCCGGGAAACGUAUCCGUCCAUUUGGAACACCAAGGCAAUGAUUAGAAGACUGAUGGAGGACUGCGGCGUGGCGAUGUACUGCGACAUGCACGCCCACUCGCGCAAGCACAAUGUGUUCAUUUACGGGUGCGAAAACCUGAAGCGGCAUCCCGACCGGCGACUGCUGGAGCAGGUCUUCCCGCUGAUGUUGCACAAGAACGUGGCCGACAAGUUUUCCUUCGAGAACUGCAAAUUCAAGGUGCAGAAAAACAAGGAAGGCACCGGACGGAUCGUCGUCUGGGUGCUCGGCGUCACCAACAGCUACACCCUGGAGGCCUCCUUCGGUGGAAGCACGAUGGGUAGCCGAGCGGGGACGCACUUUUCCACGGCGGACUACGAACACAUCGGCCGGGCCUACUGUGAGACACUGAUGGACUACUACGACGAUAAUCCGAUCAAAGAAAAGUUGCGCAUGAAGAUCCUAACGAGGCUGUCCAAGGAGGGUUCCAGUGCGGAAGAACCGCUGAACAUCCCGCUGUCGGAUUACUCCAGCGACGAGGGCGACACCAGCACCAGUAGCUCCGAGGACGAAGCCGGCAAAGAUAGCAUGGCGGAACUGGAAGGUCCGUGCUGUUCAUCGCUCAGGGUCCCUCCGUCCUCUCCGGUUCUACCGCAGAAGUUUAAAGGCAACAAGAAAGGUAAAAAGUCACAGAACCGAACGCCGAACAAGCCCUUCCGGCGAAGAUCCCGCAACGCGCACCGAAUCGUUCUGGACAUCCCGACGGCCGAACCGGCCAGCGAUUUCUUCGACUACACCUCGGACGAGGAUUCGUCUCCGUUUGGCGGAGGCUACAGCGCAGGUCAUCACCAUCCGUACCACCAGACGGCAGUGUCCGACACGGAGAACACCAUCAAGACGAGCUUCCGCCGGAGGCACAGAUUCCGCCAAUCGGACCGCAUCAAGAAGCUGACCAUGCUGGGCUGCGAGACGCAAUACCUGAUGCCGCCGGAGUUGAUCGUACGAUCGGCAACCAGUCGGUACCAGUCCGAGGAGGAGGACGACAAGAACCGGAUGGUGAUGAGCAUCAUCAAGGAGUUUCCGCCGAUUAGCAAGGAACGCUCGUGGCAGGGAUUCAAUCGGGCUGCGGCCGAGAGAAACCGAGCCGAGCUGAUGAAACCGAUGAGUCCGGAUCACAUCUUCGCCCAUCUGUCGUUCAAACGAUCCAUCUGGACCGGAACCCAUUCGGAUGGGUAUGUUAACGAAACAUCGAUCACCAUCAAUCCUCGACCCCUGUCCUGGGGUGUCCCACCGGUGCUAGUCAAGUCGACCCACUACGACAAUGAAGCCCUGUUGACCGCCUGCUCCCAGAAACUCGCCGCCUGGAAGGACGAGAAGCGUAGCCUCAAGGAGAAACACCACAAGAGUCUGUCGCGGCUGGCCGCCAAGGACAAGGAAAAUCGAUCCGGGGUGUCCGCCGGAGGAGCAAUGUCCUCCUCCCGGGGGAUGAAGCUCCAGCUGGGCGACAACGCCAACGGGAAGCAGAAACAGGGCACCACCGCCGACAAGAAGCUCAGCGACAGCUCGGAAGGCAGUGGGAUCGCCAAGGUUCGACGGAAAACAAGAUCAACCCUCAACAAAAUUGCCGAGAAGGCGGAGAUCAUCACUCACCUGUCGCGCAGCGCCCGUUCCGGUCAGUCCCGUCGAAUGGCAGUGGCCACCGCAGCAAGUCUCCUCUCGUCGUCCGGUUCCCCUCGGAAGGCCACGAGCACCGGCAAUCUCCUAGGUCCGGUGUCCGGAUCCCAACAGCAGCUACUCGUAUCGAGUCAGUCGCUGAAAACGCCGCUUCACGGCAACAAGUUCAAAACCGGCGGAAUCGUCGUAACGGCCGCCCAACCGCUGCACUCGAGGCAACAACGGAGCAAAACCGGUGGGCACCUGCGAGCCGUCCGGACACCGUCCAACAGCAAUAUCAACCAACAACAAUCUUCUUCCACUUCACCGACCAAACUGCCCACGACGACCACAAUCGAUAUUCAGCUGACCACACUCUGCUCCGAGACGGAAUCUGAAAGGAACGUCAAGAUAGUUAGCGGCACUCAGUCACAGCAGCAGCAGCAGCAGCAGCAACAGAGGAAGCACAGAAAGAAGCACCACCGUGGUGGAAUCGGCGGCAACAGGGACAAAUCGGCUUCCACCGGGGGAGGGAGGGCGCCAAUUUGAUCCUUCCCUCUACUAUUUAGAGCCAUUAUCAUUCCAAAGCAAAGCUGAUAACAGACAGAAAUCCGUCCAAAGGACCGGAAGUGACCUUGUUGCCGACGACUCUCCCCUUGUAGCGCCUUGUAGUAAAUACAGUUUUUAAGCGAUUAUGAACGAAAUCAAAACUUUUCUGUUUGCCAGUGUGAGAAUUUGUAAACUAGAAAUUAUGCCAAUAAAUUGAACUAGCCAGAACUGAGAAAAAUGUU